AACUCGUUAGUAUUGCCUAAUUGUUAGUAUACGUCAAAAUGAUCAUAAUUAAACUUUUCGUAUGUGUUAUUAUUUACAAAAAAUAUUCAAUUUCCUUAGACCCUUUAGAGUUACAUUGUAAUUUCUCUAAACAUUUGUUUAAUUAUUUCAAGUACAGUGAGAAAUAUUUAUAUAACUUUGAAAAUAACAUACCAGAAUCUGAAUUAAAAGAUUAUGGAACAGCAGUAAAAUCUCAUGGCGAAAUUGUUAUGAUAAUGUUAGAUUCAUUACGAGAAAUGGACGAAGAGUAUAUCGCAGCUGAUUUAAUGACUGUAAAUUUAUACUUGAACAACGUUUCGGGAUCAAUUAAUAUAAUUGCUAAAAAUGAAAAUGGCGAGUUCAGUAGAUCUGAAAGAUCACAGAAUUUGCUUGAAGGCUACAAAAUUCUACAUCGUUCAAUUGUAGAAAGAUUGGAAUAUUUUUUAAAUGGAAAGUGUUUUAAUAUUUCAGUUAAAAAUGAUUUCAUAUAUCUAACUAAUUUCCAAGAGCCAAUAAAACACAGCCUGGAAGUCUUACGUAAUGAAAUCGAAAAACUAAAUAAUAAAAUAAUUAAAAUUAUGAAAGAAUAUUUGACUUUCAGAGAUAUGUUUGUGGGAACAGAUAAUAAAAUAUUAAAAAGAUAUUGUAAGAUAAUAAGUCAUUUGGCGACAGCUUUUGAAAGAAAAUUAUACCAUAUUUACAAUCCUAGUAAUGUUUUAUUUUAUGAUUUGUUGGAAAAUCGGCCUUGUUUUUUGGAACGAGAUCUUGCAUCAGGUUCUCAAGUAAAACAAUAUAUUAGAUACAAUAGUGAUAAUCAACAAGACGAUGUUUUAGACAUGGUUCGAUAUGCCCCGUUGUUAAUAAAAGGUUCUGAUAAUUAUGAAAUUAAAUUAUUUGAUGUGUUUCGUUUCGUCAAGUUCGAUUUUAACUUGGAAAAUGUACAAACAUUUAUAAAUUUGGUAAAUUCAGCAACAGUUCGUCCAAUUAUGUUGAUCGUACGUUUUUAUUUUUCAUUAGUUAGAAAAUUCCUUUAUCUUCCUAAAUUUCGAAAUAUAAAAUUAAAAAACGAUAUGAAAUAUAAAAUCAUUGAUUUGGGUCAAAAUAUUGUUGAAAAUAUGAAAUCUUUUAUGGAUUUGAAUUUAUUUGAAGAAGAAUAUAGAACUAAAAUUGAGUAUGGGUUUAAUAAGAUGUACGCACUUAUUUCAUCAUUUAAAGAUCAUAACGAUUUGUUUGCAAGUAGAGAAACGCAAUCAAUUUCAAAAUAUCAUUAUUCAUUUUUAAGAAAUAAUUUUUUAAAAUCUUAUUUUAGUAAAUUACAGAAAGCAAAUGUAACCGAAGAUAAUAUUAAUGAAAUUCACGACUUUGCUGUACAGGAAGUGAAUAAAAUUACUUUAUUUGUAUCAGAAUUAAAAAAAUAUCAGUAUUGUUUUGAAAUAGCAAAAAAAUUUCCUCAAAAAUCAUACGUAGGAUGGCGAUUAACUAGAAAAAAUAUAAAACAUAAUAUUCCUUUCGGACAAUUAGGAAAUCAUGACGACAUUUAUAGAACAAUUGAUUUUCCUAGAGUUAAUACGAAUGAUAUAAAAAUACAUUAUAGUCCUAGCCCAAGUGAUGAAGAUAAUGAGAUGGAUAAUGAUGACAAUAACAAUUUUGAUGUGGCAACUCAGAAAUAUUACAAUCCUAAAUAUCUAGUCGAUUAUUUACUUAUUCAGUAAUUUUUCUAAUUUAUUUACUUUAUAUUAAAAUUGCUUAAGACUCAAUCUAAAGAUUUAAUCUAUAUAGUUAAUGAGUAAUAAUUAUAAAUGGUAAUAUACAGUUAAAAAUGUAAAUUUACAGUUAUUUAUAAAACUAUUCCGAGAAAAAAAUGGUAUUCUUAUAAUUUUAUUGAACCGACACUAAAUAAUUUAUUUUGUCACACAUUGUUUAGAUUAUUUUAAAUGAAUAUCAAGUUAAAUGGAAUAGGUUAUGCAAUUAUAAGAUUUAAACAUUUUUUACGUACUACAAUAGUUUAUAGCAUAAAAUAUCAAAGCAUAUUAUAUAAGAUAUGUACAACGGCAAUAGGUCAUUUAAUCAACGACGUCGAACAACGACCAAAUCUUGAAAAUUUAAUUUAAGAAUGUGGUAGCAAAGAUAAAUGUAGUCUAACAUUUUAAAAUUUUUUUAAAUAUUAAAAAUUUUACUAAUAUUAUUAAAAUUUAGGAAAUUAAUUUUUAUAAUCACAUAGGAAUAUGUAUUAUGUAUUUCAGUUAUUAAUUGUUUGCCCGCCAGUACACUCUGAAUUUAUAUUGUUAUAAUGAAGUGCUUCCUAUUGACAUUUGUUUUCAGUAAUUAUCUUUGAAGACAACUUUUAGUUUGAACUAUAUUUUAGUAAUUUUUUUAAAAAUUAUUUUAUCCCGAUCUUUUUACAUGUAUUUAUGUAUGCCCGAUAUUCCCCUCAGGGUAGGGGAAUACCGAUUAUUUGCGUUAAAAGAAAAUAUAUCUAUAUUUAUGAUUAUGUUUUAAAAAUCUGAGACUUUGACAUAAUGCAAUCAAUAUGUUUAUGCAUCCAUUUGUUGUAAUAGCAUAACAUUUAGAGUCUUAGAACCAAACAGAUAAUGUGACCGUAGUUCCUCCAGUAACUACUAGUCUUUUAUAUUAAUAUAGAAGAGUAAUUAAUUGUUGAAUAAAAUACUUGUAAAUAUUUGUAAUAUUAAACUAAAUGUAUUUGGAUAAAUUGUAACUAAAAUGCAUAAAAUAUUUGAAGAAGUUAAAUUAUUGAAUUGAUUGUCAUAAAAACAUAGCACAAUUUAUAAAUUAUUUUU